UGGAGGAGCGUCCAUCAUUCAUCGAGGCUGAGGUCCUCAGCUGUUCUUCUGGAAGUGUUUCACCAAAAAGAAGACACUCCCCCAUCGCUCAGAUCCUCAAACCCCAUAUAAGAUUCUGAAUUCUACCUAUCGAGAGAGAAGGGAAGAUUCCGAUGGAAGCCGCGUCGACCGGAAUCUCGGCGAGUGUCGCUCUCUCCGGCAAUGCAGUCAGGGCAAGAACCGGGCUCGUCCGAGCCAUGGCCGCUCAGAAGCCCUUGCCCUCCACCGCCAAGACCGUCGGCUCCAGGAAGAAUGGAACGGUGGUGUUCCCUCUCGGAGAACCAGGACCGAAGACCAUCUCUUCAAACAACAAUGGGCCACCAAUCAAGCUGCUGACAAGAGUGGAGCAACUGAAGCUGCUCACCAAAGCGGAGAAGGCAGGCCUGCUCUCGGCGGCCGAGAAGUUCGGCCUCUCCCUGUCGUCAAUCGAGAAGUUGGGUCUCCUCUCAAAGGCCGAAGAGCUCGGAGUCCUCUCGGCUGCCACCGACCCGGCCACCCCGGGUGCUCUGUUCACGCUCAGCCUCGGCUUGCUGCUGCUCGGCCCUGCUUGCGUGUACCUGGUCCCUGAGGACUACCCCUGGGAAGUAGCUGCUCAGGUUCUUGUAGCUUUGCUUUCUGUGGUAGGCGGGUCUGCCGCCUUCGCCGCAUCAAAUUUGGUGUCCAACUUGCAAAAUUCACAAUGAUUUCAGUCACCUGGAUUUGUAAGCGAAACUAGGGACGUGUUCCCGCGAGUUUAAUCAAGAGCGACUGUCUUUGCAUCAC